UAAGAACGUUCGCUGAACAACAUUGCUAAGCGAUCAUGAUAAUUUUGCGAUCUUCCUUAAUCUUGGCCGUGGCUAUAAGCCUGGCCACGGCAGAGGAGAAGGCAGAAAAGGAUAACAAGGCUGAACCAAAACCAGUAGAAGAAAGUAAGAAACAGGACAAGAGAGGUCUUUCUGACUUUGGAUAUGGCGGUGGUGACCACGGAAGUUUCGGCGGCGAUUUCGGACAUGGAUAUGGUGGCCACGAUUUCGGAGGCGAAGGAGGUAGCUUCGGAGGUGACGGCGGCAGUUUCGGAGGUGAACACGGACAUGAAACGCACGAGGAGAAAACAAUCACAAUCGUAAAGAAGGUACCGCUUCCGUACCCGGUCGAGAAACACAUUCCCGUACCGGUAGAGAAACAUGUACCAGUACCAGUAAAGGUACAUGUACCUCAACCGUACCCAGUAGUGAAGACCGUGCACUUCCCCGUCAAGGAGUACAUCAAAGUACCUGAAUAUAUCAAGAAACCAUACCCAGUGACGAAACACGUGCCCGUACCCGUCGAAGUUCACGUCGACAGGCCCGUCCCAGUGAAAGUAUACGAACAUGUGCCGUAUCCCGUCGAGAAACACAUCCCCGUGCCAGUAAAAGUACAUGUGCCACACCCGUAUCCAGUUGAAAAGGAAGUGCAUUUCCCAGUGAAGGUCCCCGUCAAAGUAUCUGUGCCUUACCCAGUUGAGAAAAUCAUCCACUACCCCGUGCAUGUGCCAGUAGACCACCCCGUACCGGUUCAUAUUGAAAAACCCGUUCCCGUACACGUAGAAAAGCACGUGCCCUACCCCGUCGAAAAGAAAGUGCCUUACCCAGUAAAGGUGCACGUUGACAACCCUGUCCCAGUUCAUGUUGAGAAGCCAGUGCCCUACCCGGUGAAAGUACCAGUGCCGGCGCCAUACCCUGUUGAGAAGGUCAUCCCGUACCCGGUAGAGAAGAAAGUGCCUAUUCCAGUUAAAGUACCAGUCGAUAGGCCCGUACCGGUUCACAUCGAAAAGCACGUGCCAUACCCGGUUGAGAAGCACGUUCCUUAUCCGGUAAAGGUACCAGUACCAAUUGUUCACCACGAGGAAAAGCACGAAGUUUCCUAUGGAGGCCACGAGAGUUACGGAGGUCAUGACUUCGGAAGUUCAGAGGGCUUCGGGGGACACUUCGGUAGCUCCGAGGGUGGGCACGAGUUCCACCAUUAAGAACUGAUCUCUAUUUGUUUUUUUUAUAUUAUUUGUAGCUUUAAAUGUUGUUUUGUGUUUAAUUUUGUUUAAUGACUGUUUUAUUUUAUACGACUGAAAUGCGCGUAUGUUUAUAUGAAUGAUGUAAAUAAUGCCCGAAAGUAUUAAAUACAAUAUUAUUUGUUAAAAUAU